UGAAGAUCAAUUUCAUGCCAUUCGAUUCUCUCAUAGAUUGAACAUUAUCUCGUACUGUUGAGACUCCCAGAUAUCAUGGCAUCGUCACCCUCUCGAAAGACGGUGGGUGUAUCCCUCAAGAUGUACUUCGACCUCGAAAAGACGUCCCAGUAUAUAAGGGCUUGUGCCCCACUUGGAGCCCACGCAUUAGCACACAACGUCGACAUCUUCGUGAUACCGGACUUCCUGUCCCUCACAGCCACGAGUACGGCUCUCCGUCUUGAAGCUCCCACCAUCCGGCUCGGAGCCCAGGACUGCUUCUGGGAGGAUAGUGGUGCGUAUACGGGAGAGGUGUCGCCGGCGGUGCUGAAGAGCAUUGGAUGCUCGCUGGUCGAACUCGGCCACGCAGAGAGGAGGAGGUUAUUCGGCGAGACCGACGCGGACGUUGCGAAGAAAGCACGAGCAGUUGUCAGGAACGGCAUGACGCCCCUAGUUUGCAUAGGAGAGAAGAGACAGGGAACGAUCGAGGAGGCAGUAGACGAAUGCCGGCCGCAAAUCGAGUCCAUACUAGAAGUAACGGACCAGGAAAUCAUCUUUGCGUACGAGCCGGUCUGGGCAAUCGGCCAGCCCAAACCUGCCUCUGCGGCAUAUGUGGUUGCUGUCACGAAGGAGCUGCGGAAGCUUUGCGGGUCGCGGCCCGUGAGGUUCCUCUAUGGUGGAUCAGCAGGACCGGGGACUUUUGAUGCGAUGCGGGACGGGGUGGAUGGCUUGUUUCUGGGACGUUUCGCGCAUGAUCCUGAGAGGUUCCGUGAGGUUAUCACGGAGGUUGGAGCAUCAUGAACCUCUCCUGCAGAUUGCAGCAAAUACGAGCUUGCCUCAUGGCCAAAGCGCGCGUUUGUCUUAGAGCCUCGAACAGAUCUUCGUCGGGGGUCAUGGGCUUGAAGGCUCCCUGCCGAGAAUUAGAUAGGUACUGGGCGGCCUUCAACCCAGCAACAAACAACAGGCAGACGAGCGUUGCGCAUGCUUUGACAAUUAACACCCUUUUCAGGCCUUUCAAUUGACCCAAAAAAAUGGCAGCAAAUUAGUGCUUUUACCCCGAAAGCGUCGGAC